CCUAUGCACAGAAGCAUAUAGUGAUCCCGCAAAACGGGCUGUAUACAGUAUCCGGCUUAACACAAUACGUCCACCUUAUUCAAGCUUACUCAGGCAAUCAUGUAUAUAAUACGCCUGAUCCACAAGCUGUAAUUAGCUGUAAUGAGUGGGAGAGCAAGCUGGUGCAAAACUUAGCGCAAUCGACGCAUGUCCUUAAGAGUACACCGGUUAGCAGCGAGGAGGCUCACUGAUGACGUCGUUAGCUAAGCGCCUGGAGAAACAGCUGAAUAAUCUAGGGCUACCAAAGCCGUUUCCGCUUGGCGAUAUCCCAUCAGUUCCUACGUCGGAUGUUGUUAUCCGGCGUGAUAUUCGCGAGCUACCACUGGAGGAGCAGCAGCGCGUAUGUGACGCGAUUGAGAAGAUGAUGGAGCCGGGGUGGGCGGCGGAUUCCCGCAAUAAAACUGGCGGGUUCGAUGAUGAGGCGUCGCCGUCCGAGUACUUCCGACUUGCACGGUAUCAUGGUUGGGACAAGUCCUACUGCCCUCGUGGCCUUGAGACGUUUCCCGGCUGGCACAGGGGGUAUCUGGUGGACUUCGAGCGCACCCUGCAGGCUGCCGACCGGGCCCUGGGUCGCGACGGCCACCUCGCCCUGCCGUACUGGGGCUGGGAGCGCGGCCCUGUGGCGGGGCAGCUGCUGCCGCGGGUGGUGCGGGAGCGCUUCGCCGCCCUGCCGGCCCCGCUGGUGCAGCAGCUGCAGCAGCUGGGGGUGCAGGGGCAGGCGGAGGGGCAGGCUGGGGGGCAGGCGGAGGGGGGUGGUUCCGGAGGGCCGGUGCUGCUGGAGGCGCUGGUGGCGGGGGCGGAGGGGUGCGGGUAUCAGCUGCCUGAGGAGGGGGCGCUGGCAGCAGGCAUGCGGGCCAUGCAGGUGGAGGCUCAGGUGGCCGCCGCCCUCACCGCCUGGGAGCACAGCCGCGCCGCCUGCUGCCGCCCCGGCCUGCACACAGCACCAGCAGCAGCACCCGCAGCAGCACCCGGAGCACCGGCACCCGCACCCGCCGCCAGUCUGGAGUGCGUGCACACCUGCAUGCUGGCGCUGUGCGGCAACCCGCUGAGCAGCGGCUGCUGCUGCGGCCCCUCCUCCUCCUCCCCCGCCUCCUCCUCCGCAGCAGCAGCAGCAGCAGCAGCGGCACCACCAGCAGCACCCGCAGCACUCGCCGCUUUCCACCCGCUGCUGUUCCUGCUGGCGGCGGGCAGUGACCGGCUGUAUGAGGCGCAUCUGAGGGGGCGGAGGGCGCCCAAUGCGGCGGGCGGGGAGUACGCUCCGUGGAACGAGUUCAACUCCCGGCUCUACCGGCAGCCGCUGCGCCCCUUCCGCCACCCCGCCACCGGGGAGCCCCUCACGCCGCGACACACGUUCAAAACGGAGGCUCUGGGCUACCGGUACGACCGCCUCCCCGCCUUCCCGGACCCCCGGCAGCAGCAGGGGGGGCAGCCCCCAACCCUGGUGCGCUUCCAGGCCAACCCCGCCACGCUGUCUGGGCGCCCCCUAGCCCUUCACGUCUUCCUGCUGCCCCGGGGGCCUGCUGCUGGCAGCUCUCCCACCGCCACCACCCCCGCCACCUUCACCCCGCCCCCCCGCCCGGAGGACUUCCCCGCCCUGCCGCAGUACGGCGGGGCGGCUGUGCUCGUACCAGGGGCCGAGGGGGGGCAGGCGGGAGACAGCGGCAGGUCGGCCGGACCUGAUGCGGUGCCGGUGGCGGUGGCAGUGCACUCGAUGGAUGUGAGCGAGUGUCUGAGGCGGCAGGGGCUCAGCAGGCACAUGGCGCGCGUGGAGGUGGUGGCGGUGGACCUGCUCAGCGGGAGGCAGGUGGAGCUGGGGGAGGGGCAGCUGGAGCCGCAGCUGGUGGGCCCCCUGUUCGCGUCCCCCUCGCUGCCGCUGCGCCGAGUGGCGGACCGGGGGGAGCACUCGGAGGAGGAGGCGGCCGAGGUGUCCCAGCUGCAGGCCUACCUGGCUCGCUACGGCUGGUACCGGGGAGGCGGCGGCGCUGGGGGGGAGGCGGAGGUGGAGGCGGAGGCCGGCUGGUUCGGGGGCGCCACGGAGGCGGCGGUGCGAGGCUUCCAGAGCUACCUGGGGCUGGAGGCGGACGGAGAGGCGGGUCCCCUCACUCGGGGCCUCAUGAUGCGGCCGCGAGUGGAUGACCUGCCGGACCAGGUGGGCGCCAGCCUCCCUCCUGCCCCCGCCUCCCCCGCCUUUCCCCCGGGUGCCGCUGUGCGCUGGUGGGCUGGCGGCUGCCCGCCCUACCUUUCGGGGGAGGCGGUGCGGGACGAGGUGGCGGGGGUGCUGGCGGAGUGGGCGGCUGGGGGGGUGGCGCUGAGCUUUCUGGAGGUCCCCAUCGCCGCAGAGGCCGACCUGCUCAUCACCUGGGCUUCGACCCCCCCUCGCGACCCCACCACCCGCAGCAGCAGCCCCCGCGGCCCCUGGCAGGAGCUGUCCCGCACCGCCCCCCGCGGCCCCGUCCACCUUGACCCGGGGGUGCAGUGGCUGCUGGCGGCGGCGCCCGCAGUGCCGGGGGGGUUCUACCUGCGACCGGUGCUGCUGCAUGCGAUAGGUCACGCGCUGGGUCUGCCCCACAGCAGCGACCCACGGGACGCCAUGAGCCCCCUCUACCAGCCUGGCCGGGUGACCCUGGCGGCGGGGGACAGGGCGGCGGCGGCGGCGCUGUUCCCGGUACAGCCGGUGGCGGAGGAGAUGUUCAGCGUGUUGGACCUGAACCAGGACGGACUCAUCAGUCGGGAGGAGUUUGUGUUCGCCAUGUGCCGCAGGGGCAAGAAGCUGCUGCAGCGCCACGAGGCCGAGGCGGUGUUCACCGAGGCUGACAGCUGCGGCUGGGGGGCGCUCACAGCCGACCAGUUCCAGCAGCUGCUGGCCCGCUUGUACUUUGGGGAAUGAGGGGUUGUGACCUGGGGAUGACAUGGUGGAU